CACGCGCCCCUCAGCAGCGAUAGCACAAUGUCGUAUGACUUCCAGCUCAAGCCGCACCCCAAAAUCCCCAAAAGUGAUGGUCCGCUGCUCGUGUGUGUGCUGGAUGGCUACGGCGAGAACAAGAUAAAGGAUGACUACAACGCUGUGCACGUGGCAGAUACGCCAUGCACCGAUGCGCUGAGGGCGGUGCCGGGCCGCUUCUGCACCCUCCAGGCCCACGGCAAGGCGGUGGGCCUCCCCAGCAACGACGACAUGGGCAACAGCGAGGUGGGGCACAACGCGCUGGGCGCGGGCCAGCUGAUCGACCAGGGCGCCUCGCUGGUGGACGGCGCGCUGCGCACCGGCUCGCUCUUCUCUGGAGAGGGCUGGGCCUACAUCGCGCCCGCCUUUGCCGGCAACACCCUGCACUUCAUCGGCCUGCUGUCAGACGGCGGCGUGCACUCGCGCACAGACCAGCUGUACGGAUGCCUGCGCGGCGCCGCCGAGCGGGGAGCCAAGAAGAUCCGCGUGCACUUCCUCACCGACGGCCGCGACGUGCCGGACGGCUCCUCCCUCAAGUUUGUGGAGGAGCUGGAAGGGGUGUUGAAGGAGCUGGCGGCCACCGGCUGCGACGCCAAGAUCGCGUCUGGCGGCGGCCGCAUGUGUGUCACCAUGGAUCGCUACGAGGCCGACUGGAACAUUGUGAAGAAGGGGUGGGAUGCGCAUGUGUUGGGCCAGGCGCCCCACUACUUCAAGGAUGCGCUGUCCGCACUCAAGGAGCUGCGGAAGGAGGGCAGCGAGAAGCCCGUGUCUGACCAGUGGCUGGACCCGUUUGUGAUUGUGGGCGAGGACGACAAGCCGGUUGCCACGAUUGAGGACGACGAUGCUGUCGUCAUCUUCAACUUCCGCGCCGACCGAGUCAUCGAGCUGAGCAAGGCCCUGGAGUAUUCUGAGUUCACGGCCUUUGACCGCGUGCGCUUCCCCAAGACGCGGUUCGUGGGCAUGAUGCAGUAUGAUGGCGACCUCAAGCUCCCCACCAACUACCUCGUGCCGCCGCCCGCCAUCUCGGGCACCUCGGGCGAGUUCCUGGCCAAGAACGGGCUGCGCACGUUUGUGUGCAGCGAGACCCAGAAGUUUGGCCACGUCACCUUCUUCUGGAACGGCAACCGCUCGGGGUACUUUGACGAGGAGCUGGAGACGUAUGUGGAGAUCCCCUCCGACACCGUCCCCUUCAACGAGCUGCCCGACAUGAAGGCGCGCGAGAUCUGCGAGGCCGGCAAGGAGGCGCUGCGCUCGGGGCGGUACGACCAGGUGCGCAUCAACUUUGCCAACCCCGACAUGGUGGGCCACACCGGUGACCUGGAGGCCACCGUUCGCUGCUGCACGCUGGUGGACAAGUGUGUCAAGGAGCUGCUCGAGGUGGUGGACGAGAUGAACGGCCGCUUCCUGGUCACCUCAGACCACGGCAACGCAGACGACAUGGCGCAGCGCGAGAAGAAGACGCUGAAGCCGAUUGUGCAGGAGGGCAAGGUGGUGUCCCUCACCUCACACACCCUGGCGCCAGUGCCUCUGGCCAUUGGCGGCAAGGGCCUGCCUGCUGACGUCAAGCUGAGGGACGACCUGCCGUCUGCCGGGCUCGGCAACGUGGCCGCCACAAUCUUCAACCUGAUGGGCUUUGAGGUGAGCUGGGCUGAGCCGAAAACAGGAAACCACUGCGUGCUGAGGUGA